AGUCAUCGAGUUCUCUGUCAGUUUUGUUGCAGUUGUCGUUACAGAAAAUUUUUAUCGUUUCUUUGUUUGAUUUAUAUAUUAUUAAUGUAUGUAUUUAUGUACUUAUCAUACACACCUAUAUGUGGUCACUCAACUUAUUAUAUAUUCUUUGCGUGUAUACCUCUACGAAUCGAAAAUCGCUUUAUUGUUUUUUGAAAUAUUCUCCAUUAAGGUCUAUACACUUUUGCAUGCGUCGAAUCACUUUUUCCACUCUGAAUGAGUUAGCAAAACACCAACCGACUCUUAAAGCGAAAGAAAAACGUUGACCUCCUAGUUUAUUGUUUACGUACGGUAAUAAAAAGAAGCCACUCGGUGCCAAGUCAGGGCAAUACGGUGUUUUGAGCGCUCAAAAAUUCAGUUGUUUCAGUCGAUUUGUGAAACUCGUGAAGAGUCUUCGUCCGUUGAUCCGUGUUCGACGGUUGGUUUUCUUGAUUUUUUGAAAGACACUGGCAAAAAAAUGUUUGGGUAUCACUCAGAAUUUAUCGUUAUGUGUUGUUUAAUUGGUACGCUGAUAUCUGCCCAAAAAUUUGUUCCAAUUUUCAAGGCACUAUGACAAUUUCUGCAGGUUUUAUGAUGAAAACUAUGAGGCUAGAAAAAGCGAGCUUGGCACCCGGUGAAGGUAGCGUCAAAACCUUUUGGCAGUCAAUGUUAUAAACUGAAAAACAAGUGUUCUCAUGAUACCCUCCACUUUUUGAUUACUCAUUAAACAAUUGGACUGCAUCAGAUAGCUUAAGGAUCACAAAAGGAAAUUUGAUAUUUAAUCAGUGGCAAAAUAAAUAAAAUAAAAAGAGGCAAGUUCGAUUGAAACCAUCCCAUUUAAAAGGUAUUGUGCGCGUACUUGUGACUAAGGCUAACUGAUAGCCUCAGAUCCACAGACAGACAAUAACGUUCCAGUGUCGCUGCAACAAAAACAAACAUCAUAACAAUACCGUUGCGGGAGGUGUGCCACCACAAACGGUGCUAUUUUUUGUUCUACGUCGUACUUUUUGUAUUUUCUGUGAAUCUUGAACUGAUAAGGCUGUGUGCGGCAACACAAGGUAGGUGCAGAGUGUAAACAAACACUUAUCACAGUGUAGAUAUAGAUCGCAAAGCUAUCACUGAGUCCACACUCACCGACAAACGCGGGCAACUGCUGACAUACAGACAUUUAUGAAGACUUAACAAUAACAAUAAUCGGUCAAAAAGAGCUGGAAUAAACGCAGUAACAUCAGCAACACCAGUCAAGUACAAGUACAAAAAAUAAGAUAAAUAGAGAUAAAAUAUACAAGUAAACCCCAACCAAAAACAAAACAAAAAAGACUGCAAAUAGCAAAAUAAAGCGUAGCGCACAAUAAGCGGGCAAAAUAAAGAGCAACGCUCCAUUGAUGCCGUUGAGUUGUUGUUGAGCCAUAGAGCUGCAAGCUGGCAAACUAAAUGGUUGCGCGAAUUAAACAGAAUCGCUAAUAUACACAUUGCUGAAGUGAAUGUUGUUAAAUAGUUGUGGUUGUUUUGCUCCGUUUGUGUUGCUCUAAUUGUUGCAAGUGCUUUGGAGUCUGCAGGUGGUGGGACGGUGCAGUCGUGCGGUUGCUGUUGUGAUUUCCUCAAAGAGCAAGCGUAGCGAAAACCCAAUUUUUCGUUCGACUCAGCCGACGUUAUUAGUUUUCAACUAAAAAAUAAGCGAUUUCUAGUUAAAGAGACGGCAUAUACACUACGCUCUCCGUAGUAUUUGGUGCGUGCAGCAAAACAAAAUGGUGAAGACUUUUCAAGCCUACUUGCCGUCCACGAACCGAACGUACUCUUGCGUACAUUGCCGUGCGCAUCUUGCGUCCCACGAUGAGCUCAUCUCAAAAUCGUUCCAGGGCAGUCAAGGACCUGCCUACCUAUUCAACUCGGUGGUGAAUGUGGGCUGUGGGCAAACCGAGGAGCGUGUGCUACUUACUGGUCUACACGCCGUCGCAGACAUAUUUUGCGACUGUUGCAAAACACCUCUGGGCUGGAAGUACGAACACGCAUACGAGAGCAGCCAAAAAUACAAGGAGGGCAAGUACAUAAUAGAGUUGGCGCACAUGAUCAAAGAAAACGGCUGGGAUUGAGCGAAAGUGUUGAUAUUUAUACGAUGGAGCAGAUCGCCUAUGAUGAAACGAAGCGUAGCGAUGUCGAGCGAAUGCAGUGCGUGUUAAUGCUGAGGACAAUGUGGAUGUUAUACAAUCUAUGUUAGUGAUAUUGUGUUUGAAGAUGAGCUUGAGGACGGUAGUGGUAUUGAUAUUAUAUGGCGAGGAACAUUGGUGAACGUGAUUGGAGUAUAUUAGUGGCUAGACAUGAAUUAUGUAGUGAUAUUUGAACACCAGUGAAGGUUUGGUAAUGUUUAAAAUGUAUUUUGUGUAUACACUUUUGACAUUAUCCUUAAAAACAAGGCGAAUAUCUGCUAAAAACCUCAAGAAAGCAAAUGUGUUUAAAUUAAGGUUAUAAUGUGAUUUUAUGUUUAAAAUUGCCACCGCUUGCUCUUAACACCAUUAAGGAUCAUAACACAAAAACAAAUAACCGAUGACCGCAUUCAUGCAUACAUCUACAUCUAUCACUAUCACUUCUGCUGGCAGACACCCAAAUCCUUCCUCUAUCAAUACUCAAACACAACACCGAUAUAUUUUCAAAAUCUUUUCAUAAAACAACACUUACAAAGUAACAACAUAAACAAAAGCCAACAACAUUUAAAGUUAAUCCACAAGACAAACCUUGCAGAAACUCGCUUUUGUAAACCAGUUGCAAGUCUUGCUGGUUUCAUUUCCAGAAUCAUAAUGUGAUACGAAAAGCAUAUACCCGGGAACCGUACUAAAACUUUUGGAUAAUGAGCAACAACAAGCUUAAAAAUUCACAUUGGAUAAAUGUUGAAAUGAAAGCACACAAACGCAUGCAAUUGAGUAUCAAAGCGUAGAGCGCAGACAAGGUCGCUAAGCUAAUGGCGAUAGACGCAUAUAUAGUGCGAAAUGGACACAUAUUGUGAAGUUGAUAAAUUUAAACUGUCUUUGCUAUCACUGCCACUGCCGAUACUUUAAAUCUUCUAACAACAAUUCUACAAAAUCAAACUUUUGCGGUUUACUUUUGCUGCAACAGUGACUUCUGCUGAUAGCACCACUGAGGACACAGCGCUUUUAAUGAACAAAGUAUAUGCUAACCAAAAACCUGUAGACACGGCUUAGGUGCGCCUGCAAAUGAAAAGUUUAGCUUACCUCUUCAACGCUUUAAAUCGUAAAUACCCAUAUACCGAAAUGAAGUAAACUAUUAGAAACCAGUCGCUUUUUCGUUUUGUAAUAGUUUUUGAAAAAUUAUUGAUAAAUAUCUAUUAUUUUACAGUUAUAAUUAAAAAAGUGGUACACUAUAUAAACUUAUGUGUCUACGUGUAAUGUGUGUAAGAUUAUUUUAAUGUGUAUCCUUGACAUAGACCAUGUAUUUUUAAGUUUUAUGUGCAUUUUUAAUAGCUCAACAAGAACAAAAACACUAAAUUUACAUAUAACUGUUAUUAUGUGUAAAGUAAGUAAUAUACAUACAUACAUAUAUGAUACAAAUUCAAAACUUGUGUGUAAUUUAUUUUGGUAGUGCCAACAGUUUUUAUACAUACAACAAUAACAAUAUCGAUAACCAACAACAAUUUCAUUUGCUAGCAGGCAACAAAGAAAUUAAUAAAAGGGCAAGCAAUAUAACUCCGUGCAAGGACAUUUGUUGUGACUGCCCGCGACAUUUUUCAUAAAAAUAUUGAUUGACAUACCUAUAUGAAUUGUGUUAAAUUAACUGCUGCUGUAUGAUUUAAAAUAAAUAUAUUCACUAGGACGAUGCAAAGACAAAUGCUUUAAUUUGUAAAUAAGCAAAAAUUACAUUAUUUACUAAAUAUACAUAUUUAUGUAUGAAUGUUAACGAAGUUAUUUAAAUCUAUUAAAUUCCGAGUAUUGUAUUUUAAAGCAAAUGUUUUAUAAAUACGUUGCAGCCUGUUGAGAAGAGUUUUCAAUAAUAACAGUUUGAAAUGGUGAGGUGAUAUUCUAAAGCUUUCACGGAAACUUUCGCAAAGCUCGCCUAAGACUAUAUACAAACGUUUGUAUGGCAGUGAAAUAAGUACUUGAUAAGAGCUGUUGAGAAACGCAGAUUAAGUGAUGGAGUGAGCUUAGCGUUUUUUAAUAAGAAUUCAAAUUGAAAUAAAACCGUUUUAAAUAGCGCACGGAAUCUAAUUCCAACUAAAUUAUAAAUAUUAUCAUCACCUGAAAUGUCAAAUAAAAGUAAUUAGUGAAGCAACAAACCAGAAACUGUUAAAUUUAUAGUGGUUUUCUUUAAAAAUAUAGUAAAAUUCGUAACAUGCUUUUAAAGUACCACUAGAAUAUUCGGUAAAAUGAUUGCAAUAUAGAAUACUACUAUAUUUGGUACAAAAUGGAAGCAAACUUCAUUAUUGUAUUAAGUGCAAUUGAGGUUAGAGCUGAAGUUUCACCAGCCGGGCGCGUGCUGAUAAGUAUAUUGCUUUUGAAAAAGUCUCAUUAUUUUAAAUACACAUGUUUGUGUGCUUAAAAUUAAUAAAUUCGUUUAGAUGCAGCUCAUUCAUUUUCAAAAUAAAUUUCGAAUUUUUCAUUAUUACCGUUAAUUGUAUUUCAGGUGAUGACAUGUACGUAUAUAUGCAAAUAAAAUAUGGAAUUUGUAGUAAAGUUUUUAUAAAAUCGAGGUUUCAGGCUGACAAUGAAGCUUAAAAUCCAAAUGCUUAAAAAUUAAUGUAUUGUAAUUAUUAAUUUUCUUUUAAGCUAUUGAUGGAAUUAAAUACACCAUUGCAACAUUAAAGAAUUUAAAUGAAAUGAUGAACGAAGAAGUACGUUUGAAGUACCACAUAUACGAAACUGUGGGGCAAACAAACAAACUUGUAAUUCAAUAAAUGCGUAUCCAUUUUUAUAGCAAUUAUCAAAUCCGUAGCAAUGUAACUGUCACAAAAGAAAAAUUAAUGCAUUAAAUCACACGUAAAACUCACGGAUGAACAUGAUUUGCAACAACUGCUAAAAAGUUUUAAAAUGCAGCAUAAAAACUUCAAAGGUGCACUAAAAGUCUUAAGUUUUUGUUUUGUAAAGAGUAAUAAAAAACUGUAAUAUUAUCAAAAUAUUAUUAAAUUUCUUUCGUUUGCUUGAAAUCUAAGAGAAAUCUUAUUUAUUUACAUGUGUAUGUUCAUCAAAUCGCUUUAAUAUAGUAUGUAAACUGGCUGCAAGCGUUUUAUUAUAGCAUAGAAUAAAACUGUAAAUAAUACAUAUAUAUGUAUGUAUAAAAAAAACUGCCAAGAACAAAUUCGCGUCAUAAAUGUCGUUGGUUCUCUAAUAACAAAUUAACAUACACCCAGUUAGAAUAUCAAAUUAGUCAAUAUAUACUUUAAUAUAGGUUUAUAGUUUAGAAAAGAAAUUAUUGACAAAUAGAUACUUAUAUUCUGUCACAGCAAUCAAACAGCAAAGAAACACUAUUUAUUUAAUUUGUUCGCUAUUCAUUUCCUUUUGAGUUAAAAUUGAUUCGAUGCGAAAUUAGAAACAAAAAACUUGGCAAAUACUGUUCGUAAAAAGGAAUUUAAAUGCUAUAUAGUAUAGUUUUAAUGAAAAUAUUACUAAAUUACAUUCCUGUUAACUACUAAUUAAACUACAUAUCCGCCAUUAAUAUAAAUGCUAAAAAAAUAAAUAAAUAUUCAAAAAUAUUCAAACUUUUAUUUUAAAAGGAUUAAAGCAAUUCGUAAAGAAAAUAAAACCGAAAACAAUUGAAACAUCAAAUAAUGGAAAAAUGAAGCAUAAUGCAUAAAAUUUACACUCUCAGAACUGUGUUUCUGCUUUUUAUCAAAAAUUAUAGAAUUAUCUCAUAAUACAAUAAACAAAUUUGUAUGUUUUGGUAACUGGGCAAACACAAUUAAAAAUAUAUACAUAUAUGUAUAUGAAUAUCUAUUUUCUCAACACUAUCAUAAAUAUUAUAAUUAAAAUAUGAAUGUACUAUUGCAUAUCGCAGAAAUUAUAUGCGGACAUUUUUGAAAUAAAGUAUUGCUUUAUUUAGUGAGCAAACACUGGUACACCAUAAAACAUGCUAUUUCAUAAAAAAAAAUUGUUUAUUUAUUUCGUAAAAUAUAGCCGAAUACAUGAAUACACACAUACAUACAAUUCAUACGCAAAUUGUAGCUACCUAGUUUUAGUUUAUAAUUGAUGGAAAAACGUGAUAAAUAAAUUAUUAAUAUAUAGUAAUAUACAGAAAA